AUGUCCCAAAAUUCAAAUCCCCAGGCUCGAAUCUCACAUCUGCCACGAGCAGACGGCUCAGCGACGUUCUCGAGGAAUGGUUAUUGCGUGGUUUCAUCCGUCAAUGGGCCGAUGGAGGUACAACGACGAGAUGAGAACCCCUUUGAGUCGGUCGUUGAUGUUGUCGUACGACCUGCCGCUGGGGUCGGAGGCACGGCAGAACGCCAGCUCGAGAAUGUUUUGCAAUCUUCUCUCCGCCAGCUCGUUCCCGUCAAGAGCUUCCCUCGAUGUCUCAUACAGAUCACACUUCAGGUGACCGAAACACCGCAGAACGACUAUGCGAAUAGCAAAAUCGUUCAGGCGCAGUCGAGCCUGCCUCUCCUGCCGGCCUUGUUCCACAGCGCCAUCUUGGGUCUGCUGUCGGCCGCGGUGCCCUUGAAGGGCAUCGCCACAUGCACCACGCUGGCCGUCCUUGAGAAUGGCAGCAAGAUCGUUGCUGACCCGUCUCCUCUCGAGGUUGAUCAGGCAACAUCUCUCCACGUUUUGAGUUUCACUUCGCAGGAUGACUUGUUGUUGGCGGAGAGCGAGGGAGCCUUUUCCUUGACCGAGUGGGACAAGGUGGUUGGCAAAGGCCGGAAUGUGUGCGUUCAGCAUCGCCAAGCGGAACUGGACCCAGUCAUGAACGAAGACGACCAAGACUCGACCGACAUGCGGCAGUUCAUCCGGACAGUGAUGGAAGCCAAAACUGCGUAA